UAGAAACGUUCACUAAGUUUGGCAAAUAGGAGACACUUCUCUCAUACUUGACAUCUUUCCUGCGAGAGGCUCCAUCAACUCCACCAAAGGCUUGGUUAAUGCAACGCUAGCGCAAUCUUCCGGAAGUGCACGGUUAUAGAAAAGGGAGGUUGAGUUCGUGUUUGUGUUUUCAGAUCUUUUCUUGAAAACCACAAGGCCGAGUUCAUUAACAAAACCAACAUUCACCACAGAAGAUGUGAUCAAUGAAGAGACCGAUGAUGAAGAAGAGGAACCAACAAGCAAGACCCCGAUUCCACCGGGCUUAAGAAUAUAAAGUGUCGAUAAUUCAAGGCACAUCACUCAAAGUCUAUCAUGUUCGACAGAAUCAAUUUUUAUACCAACCAUCCAUUACCAAAUAAAGAUUUCAACUUAUGUAGUCUGAGGUACAGUGGAUGAUGAGAAAGCAAAGACAAAUCGUAAGAGAGAAUUGUUCUCUUCGCACUUUCUCUUCAUGGUACUACCAACUUGAUACUGUGAAAGCCCAAACUUUGGACAAAGGACACACGUUCGUUGAUGAAAGAAAGAAUGGAGGGAGAUAAAAAACGGAAAAGAAUAAUUUUGGAAUCCACAUAACCCUAAAUCCUUUUCCACAUCACUUUUUUACGUUAAAAUUUAAUUACAAAUGAACCCAUCUUAUAAAAGGUUGGCAAACUAGGGUUGUUAAUAUAUCUAUCACCAUCCCCUCUUCCUCCCCGCCGCCACUCAUCCCUCUUCCUAUCUUCCUCGAUUAGCCCGGGUCCGCUGCCUUCUUCGUCCCCGCCGCCACCCAUCCCUCGAUUAGCUCUCUGGGGCUUCCUCAUCGGCUCCCUCUUCGCUCCAACGUCAAUGGCUUCUCCAGCGUUCUCCCAUUUUCAGAUUCAAGAUGGAUGUUCCUUCCGUUGCUCGACAAGCCUUCAAGCUUUCUGUUCUUGCUGCAACUUUUGAUAUCUUUUUCUGGUAGGACUUGAUUCAUCAUUUGCAUUGGUUCAUGAGCAUGAGGAGGAAGAAUGGGAGACUUGUGAUUGCGGAUUUGGCUUCGAAGAUGUCAAGGUUGAAGGUGGUGGAUCUUAAGGUUAAUUGUUUCUUAAGAGUGUCUUUGACAAGUAGCCACCCACACGGCUUGGACAAGGAGGAGGGAGAACGAACAACGUAACUUGGAGGAUGGAGGACAACUAGGGAGCCCGUCUGGUCUUCAAGACAACCUGGAAUGCUUUCAGUAAGGGAUUUCAACUCUAUACCCAAAACAGUGCAACUCCAUCUUCUGAACAUAGAAGCAUUUCAAAGAUGAAAACUCUUGAGUCUACUCCUACCAUGUUGAAUCUAAAAGAAGGAAUGAACAGACUGAAAGCUAAGUUAUCAAAAUACUCGCUGCUGGUUUAUCUCUGUCAAAUAAAAACGAUCUGGAAUAUAAGCAAGAUGAAAGUCAUCAAACUCCUCUUCCACAGGAAAAACUGUUUAGUUUAACUCUAGAGCGUAACAAGCGUAAUGGUUUUAUUGAUAGCAAUGGUUAUGGAAUUCGGUCUUCUGAAAAUAAUUGCAAGUCAUGUAAAGACUUCGGACACCAAACUGGACGAGGAAAACUUAAUUUUGAUUUCAGCUGAUGUUUCUUGCAAUGAUGAAAAUCUUAAGACUGGAAAUGGAAGCUUCUCCCUCGCAGAUGCCUCAUUUAACGAAGGUGGUAGAUGUGAACCUGGCAGAUGGAACGGUUGAGAAAGGGAAAGAUGAAAUACUGGUUUCAAGCCCUCCUAUCCCAGAAGUAGCUACUCUGUUGCACUCCCUGCAAGACGCUUCCAAGGGUAACUUAGAUGGUCAGGGUCACGAUAACUGCUAUCAUUCAGUACUCGAAGUAGCUCAGAGCGGUCUUACCAAAUCAGGUAUUGUCAUUUCCUCUGGGAAGAAAAGAAAGGGUGUUGAGGUGCUGGUCAAUGAAGACAACAUAGAUAAAAUAGGUAGAAUUGACAGAAGUCCAGAGGUUCAUACACGUGGGAAUGGUGACGUACAGUUAGAGCAAACAUAUUCCUUGAGAAGAGAAAAAGAGAAGCUUGGAGAUCAGACUUGGAAUGAUGAGGAUCUUAUUGGCAAGCUGGAAGAUAUUUUGAUACAUCUGCAGAAAGUUAAGAAGUUGGAGAUUCUUUGUUCUGAAAUUCAAUCUCAGCACACAACUACUGACCCUCUAGCCAUUCAUAAAAAGAGAAUUGUGGAAACAAGAAUGUUGCUGUAUGAUAUAGCGUAUGAUAAAGCAAAAUUACAAUUAUUGAAUGUGAAGCGUGACAGGUUACAUGUAUUCAAUGUUACAUGUUCGUAUUUACUAUUUAGCAAUGUCUGCAGUUGGAGAUAUGAAAUUCCUUGUACACAGAAAAAGUUACAACAGUUAAGCUCUGGGCUUCAAGAGUGUGAUAAGAUAAAAUUAAAUUUCAACAUUCAAAGUUUUGUUCCCAGGGAAAAUGUCAGGUACUAUGAUGUGUGUAUGAAGUAUUUAUUUAAAUUUAAAUUGAUCUGGAGGUGGGUACAGGGGACCAUAAAUUAAACGUGAUUAUUGGGAAAUGUAAUUGUAUCUGUGGGUAGUCUGUCCAUCGGGAAUACAUGACAAAAAGUUUGUCUGAAGUAGUCGUGGAGCUGAAUAAUUUAGACAAAAGUUGAUACAUACACAUAUUCAGCCAUCCUAGUUACCAAAUUUUCAUGAUAUCUUGCAAAUAUUUUUUAACAUCAAAUUGAAGUUCACAGCACUUGCAUAUGCAUAAGCGCUAACAAGGAAUCUCCUUUGAACAAACUUCAGCAAUUUAGUACACGAUCAAUCUGAAUCUGUCCCUUACAUACUAAAAUAAUUUAUAACCAAAUUAUUUGUAAACAUCUUUCAAGUAUAAUGAUUAAUCGUUGAUAGCUGAGUAGUAUAAUUUCUAGUUACCAGAAAUUAGAUGACCAGAAUUUAAAAUUACUAAAAUAUUAUCAUUAUUUAUAUUCAAAUAUUGAUACUUUAAAGAUACAAAUAACACUGUCAGUAAUCCAAGCCUUAAAUAAGAAUAAAAAAUCAAUUAUGUUCUGUUCAAUCCUAAGUUUUGUAGGAUGCAUGAUAUAUUUUACUUUCCAUUUAUCUCCGGUUCUUGUUCAUGCUGCAACUUGAUCGUAAAAGGUUCAACGUAUUGUACUAUUUCAUUUUAAUUGGCAGGAUUUUAUUGUGCAUUGCUAGCUUUCCUGUGGAGAAGUAUUGGAAACGAGCAUGAUCUUGAAACUAGAACUGUCAAAAUAGGUCAUCUGGCUUGAUCCGAUCCGGUCAAUCACGGAUUGGUCAUUUAUUCUACUUGAAACCUUGGAUUCAAGAGCAAAAGCCCCAAGUGAACUCUUAUAUGAACACUGCAAGAUGGAAGGGGGGAUCAAAGCUAUACCAAGAUCAUGAAAGCUGUUUCUGAUUAUUUGCAGAAGAGAAUGACUUCAAGUCUUUACUCCAGAAUAUGAAGGGUUGGUCUCAAUUAUUAUGGUUAUAUAACCCAAAGGUUCACAGCAAAUACUGGUCAAUCUAACAUAAUAUUAUCAAAUAGCUUGAAUAAUGUAACGAUCGGAACGAACUUCUCAAACUUGGAUGCUUUUUCUGCAUUUGUGUUUGUCUUAAAUCCUCACGCAACCAACAAAAGGCAACGGUUCAAGCUGUAUGGCACGAGAAACACAGGUUGAUUACUUUAUUUCUUAUGAUAAUUUUCUUGUAGUAGGUUAAUUUUAUUUUUUAUUUCAUGUUUUCUGUCCUUUUGGAGAGAUUACUACAUUUAUUGUUAUUAAUGAAGCUGAUGGUUGUUAACAAUUAACAUUUUUAUUUCGAUAUCUGAUUCAUAUGGCCCUGGAAAUUUACAUUAAUGUUGUGGAUCAAGUAUCGGAAUAUAGCAAAUGAUGAAUUCUAUUUUCCGUCAUUCUGUUGUAAUAAUACGUAGAUAAAAACUUCACUACUAAGAAAUUUGCUAGAUGUGGUGGAGAAGAUUCAAUCAGCUCGGAUAGUGCUUAAAAACUUGGUCGAGGCAAAGUACUAUUUUCAUUCUAAAUAUGUUUCAAGAUUCUCUUUGAUUUUAAGGAGGGACAACACACACAUAGAUCAAACCCUCACAUAUUUGAUUUUGGUACCAAGGUCUUCUACCAAUAGAGGUAUCUUAUGUGUAUAUAAACACAUAUUUAUCUCUUAUUUUAUCUGAUGUAAGACUUUGUUUGUAUCUAAAUCUCAAAUAUAUGAUCCUUCUAGCUCUAGUGGGGAACAAAAGUCUCUGCCAUCAUUGCUUGUAGAUGAGAUAAGAACUGCAACCGAGAGUGAGAGUUGGCUACUCAAUAAUUAUUAGGCUUUGUAGAAGUAUUUCCCAGACAGUUCAUGCUUGCAAUAAAAGCAAAUGAUUGUGAAUUUUCCCCUUCGUUGUUGCCAAUUUUAGGUUUAUUGUUUAUUAGUUUCGUUUUCUAUAUCUUCAUGCUGAUUGAGACAAUUGUUGUGUAGAAUGUGAAAUGUGAAACGUUAUUAAUUUUAUUAAAGAA